AUGGUCGACGCAAAGGCAAAGGGGAAGCAGCCGAUGAUGGCCCUCUCGGGAGAUGUGGGUGGGCGAGCCUCGGGUACGUCAAUCUCAAGCAAGCAGCAGACGGGUUUACUGACGAGCGCAGUCGACCGGCGACUGCCAUACCGGCUCGACUUUGGCAAAAACAGGGGCAAGACGCUGCGCGAAUGCCCGCACCACUACCUGCAGUUCCUGACAGACAACCGGACGCGGGCUGCAUCGGGCACUAGCCGGGUUGAUGCGCGGGACACCGUCGACGACGCCAUCGCGCGGAUCGCAGCGGGAUGCGUCCAGAGGCCCUUUGGACGCAGGGCUGUUGAAUGCCGCGUCUUUGAAUACAGAGCCCCCGGCGAGACGGCGGCCCGUAGCGCCCAUGACACCAAGACCACUACCGACGCCAAGACCAUCACUGACACCAAGACCACUGACACCAAGACCACCACCACCUCGACACAUUCCUCAGCGACCUGCUACACCUCCCCCGUCGCCGCAUGCUACACCUCCCCAAUCGCCGCCGCCACAGCAACAUACUACAUUGCCGCCGCCACAGCAACCUACUACAUCGCCGCCGCCACAGCAACCUACUACAUCGCCGCCGCCACAGCAACCUACUACAUCGCCGCCGCCACAGCAACCUACUACAUCGCCGCCAGCUUCAGGCGGCGGCUGCGCCCUGCUCCCAAUGCUGCUCCCGACCGACCGCCCCAAGUCAAGCGACGCUGCGUCUCGGCGUCCCCCGAGCCACGCGACCAUAACACGCUCGUCCGCAUCGACAUCGCUCGCGACCAUGCACGGCUCGAAGCCCUCGUCGAGCGCAACCGCCACGAUGCUCGCCAAGCAAUCACGCGCGCCGCCAACCACCACGACGACCAGUUCCGCGAUGGCGUGUGGGACCUGGGCGUCCUCGUCAAGCACAUGGCCCGCAAGUCCACCGACGAGACCUUGGCCCAGCUGCGCGAUUUGCUCAACGGCCCGCUAGCCAAGAUGGCCCAGAUCCAGCACACGGUCGAACAGGCUGAAGCGCGCGACAUGACACGGCACGCCCAGCUUGACGUGGAGCGACAAGCGCUGCAAGUUCGCGUCCACCAGCUCAAGGGCGCGAUACAAGCAGCAGUGGGUGACGCCGACGCCGACGCCGAUGCCCUGCAGCACCAUGUCAACGACUUGCGAGCCCGAAUCCAGGAGUCCACGGACGCAAGACAAGCGGCCGAGUCCAACGCGACCAGGCUCCAGGCAGCGCUUGACGCAAGACAAGCGGCGUCCGACACGGCCAGGCUUCAGGCAGCGCUUGACGCAAGACAAGCGGCGUCCGACACGGCCAGGCUUCAGGCGGCGUCCGACACGGCCAGGCUUCAGGCGGCGUCCGACACGGCCAGGCUUCAGGCAGCGCUUGACGCGAGCCAGGCAGCCGAAGCCGGCGCAACACCGGACGUGCAAGUGCUCCAAACCGAUAUCCGUGAACUCAAAUCCGCGACCCAGGCAGCCGCCCAACGCCUGGCAACCCAGCUUGAGCAGCUCAAGGCAGACUCGGACAACGAGCUCCGGCUCCGACACCAGAUGCGCGAACUUGAGACUGCGAACGUAGCCAACACCCAGGUCAUUCAUGCUCGGGACAAGGUCGUCCACGAGCUCCAAACUCAACUUGACAAGGUCAAGGCAGAGGCUGGCGACUGCAAGAGCAAAUUCGACAAUCAAGUCAACCGCAUGCAUGAGCUUCAACACGGACUUGACAAGUCUAAGCGAGAGGUGCAAGCGCUGCAGGGCCAGUGCAAGGAGGCACUACAUGUACAGAGGGAUACCGCUGAGCUGAAACAUAGCGUCGACGACAUGAUCGACCAACAUCACCGUGAGCUUGUCAACGUGCAGCACGAGCAAGCGAUGAUUUCGCACCAAGAAUCGGAAUCCAGCUUGCGAGAACAACUAUCGGCAUCCAGCUUGCGCAAACAACAGUUGCAGUCGGAACUGGAGCACUACGAGGAUCUGGUCAAGAUUCAGACCGACACAAUCGAACAAGCAUUGAACACUAGCCAGCUCACAAUUCCGGGCUUGCAAGACGAUGCUGGAGGCCAUGGCUCCCAGGGCUCCGGGCGAGGUGGCGACAACGCCUGGAGAACCGCCGCCAGUGAGAGCGGUUCUCCUGGCGACUAUGUUGAUGAGGGCAGUCCUUCUGGCGCCGACCUACGAGCUCUUAUCAGACGUAUAUACCUCGACGGAACCAUCCCAGUCUUGGAGUGGGAUACAGAUAUGGAUUAG